GUAGUGGUGUGCAGAAGGAAAACUACAAAAAACGUGUCAUUGUCCUAAAAAUGAUGGGCCCAGCUGUAUAUAGACAGACACAUUUUUCCAGGGGCUACUUAACAAGAAAAUCCCACCUAGAACAAAAAUAUCUAUUUAAAAAAAAAUGUCUCUCUCUUUCCAUCUAUAUAUAUGUGCUCGUUUUAUUAUGGGAGGGUACGUUUCUGCAAUUUCUGUAUUUUAUGCACUUACAUAUUCCGCUUUGAAAAACUUCUUGAUGGGUGGUGAUGAUCGCAGAGAAUAAAUAACCGGGUUUACCGUGGGACUGGCCUGGACCAGCCAGAGAUUCCCACGACCCCUCCUCUUCACACACACACACGCACACACACAUAUCGGAACACAGGCUGCACAGACGCACAAGCAGCGCAGAGACGGAGAGGCAGAGCAGCUUUGCACCACUUUUAUCAAGACCCUUAUUUUACUAUAAAAGCCUCGUUUCAGGCUCCGUUUCCGCGCGGCACGCGCAGUCAAUCCAUGGAUGAAAAAGGUCUUCAUGUGAGGAGGAAUUGGGUUAAAGUGCGGAAUCCUCCAGAUCAAAGUGGAGGAGUGGGAGGAAUAAGUCAGCGCUAUUUAUUUUGAUAAUGCCGAGGAGCCAGUUUCUGCUUCGGAUUUACGUCCAAAACAAGUCUGAAUCCAGACGAUGACAGCUGACACUCCAGUCUGCAGCCCUGCCUCUUCCCACUCUUCCCACUCCUCACCUGCCUGCCCCCCGGAGUGCCACAGACACCUGAGGAAAAGCAAAGCCCUCCAAACCAAACUGCCCCUGGCUUCUGCCCCAGGUUGGUGGCUCCUGCUGGGUGUAAUGGUGGUGCUGGUGGGGAUGAGUGUAGCAGUGGCGGGCUACGUCUCUGCAGAACCGAAGCCCGUGGGGCGGCGCGGCACCACCCCCGUGGACAGGAUGAAACUGGCUGGCCCCGUGGUCAUGGGAGUUGGCCUCUUCAUCUUCAUCUGCGCCGCCACGCUGCUGUACGAGAACCGGGACCGUGAAGUCCGCAGGCGAGAGAAACCCGACGACCUGGAGGAUCUGAAGGGAGGAAGCUUUUGUGAGGAUUCCCAGGAGCAGCCCAGCUUCGGGUGCCAAGAGCAGUGGGAGUGUAAAGAAGGAGAAGAGGGGACCUGGGCCGCUCCAGCCCACAUACUCCCCCUCUCAGACCCUCCUCUUCCUCAUUUGAACAGACACAGCAUUAGCAGCAGAGCCUCAGAGCCACCUCCUCCGGAUGCACAAGGUAAAGAUAAAGAGGAUGAAGACAGAAAUGAGGAGGAGAAGGAGGGAAGGUCAACCCUGCUGGCCCGAGUUCUGCACCACCAGGAGCCAACUCCUCACCCUCCCUCCCCCUGCCUGUCCAUCUCUCACUCCCCCGUCUUCUCAGACUCCUGCAACUCUAGUGAAAUCAACUUCAACGUACGGACAGACCCUUCUGUGCCACCUCAACUCUGAACCCCAUGCUGCCCCCCCUCUUCCACUGUCUCAUGAAAUAUGCAUGAUGAGACAGACUUAAAGGUUUCACGUGCAGAUACACAAGACUAUGCACUCCUCAAUAAACAGAUGAAAUGUUUUUGGGGUAUGUUAUAGUGCCUCCGAAUGGCGCUGUUGCUCUGAGUCACUGUCUGUGAAGGGUGUUUUUGUCCUACAUCGCUCUCUGACUCACCCACAUUUGAAAGAUUGGAGCUGUGCUGUUUGAUGUCAACUCACCAUCUUGUUGUCUUUGAACUCAACCGUGCCCAAAAAUCCCUAAAGCCACCACUGGAUUGACCAUAUUAGGACGUGAGGAGGUUUGCUGAAAAGUUAUUUGGGUGCCAUACUGGGAGAUGGACUCCGUCUUCUCUCCCCUCUCCCUCCUUCUGCUUCUCUGCAGAGGUCUACAUUUGCUUGCUGGAGAGGUUCAGUAAAAGAGGAUGAGCCAGAUUAGGUCUCAAAUAAGUCUUUAUCUUAUCUCAUACAUAAGUGUAAUCUGCUCUUUAUCUGAGGAAAUUGUGUCUUGGUACAAACAAGAGAAGCACAUAAGGCCACACUCCUCUCACUCGACACCUACAGCCACUCUAUAAAUACCAGCUGGUGCUCUGCACACAUGCAGGAUCUUUCUUUUUUUUUUUUUACUGUAAUUCAACAUUUCUUUUUAAAUUCCUACUGUCAGCUGCUCAGUUUUUUCCUUUUUCUCAGCCGCGGCGAGGCGAGAUCUUAAAGACUUUCAAUCACAGGCUCUAUGGAAAGAAAAAGAGCAACAACUUGACACAAAAAAGACACAAAAAAAAUCUGGUGAGGCCGUUAUGAGUUAUUCCUGACGUGGCUUAAGUGAGAAAAACAAGUCCUGCGAGUGGAGUAAUUGAAGCCUCCCUCUCCCACCCAUCACGACCUUUCAUCUCCUCUCUUGUCAUCAUCCGAUUCCCACGCUUUAUUCAAAUACUCCAUCCUCCGUCUCCAUCCUUGGCUCCCGCAAAAGCCGAGAAGUGGCGAAAAAAAUAGGGCAAAACAAUGCAGAGGGAAAUGUUAGCAGCUACAAUUAAGCCAAAGUGAGAAUGUUUGAACAGGGAAAGAGGAGGAGGAGGAAGAGGAGGGGGUUUCAUUUUAAUUAUCGCCAGCAUUUUCUCCUCCAGUCUUUAAUUACACUGGGGAUCAGUGUGAAGGGUUUUAUAGGUGCUGUAGGACUGCUGAGUAUUUCCUUGUUUUGGCCCAUGAUGGGAUCCAGGCGACGACCGAAGUCUGAGCAGUGUACAGUAAUUUGCAGCCACACAUUUCACUCACUUAAAACCAGCACCCAUCUGUGUGUCACACACACAGACAGACUCACUGGAGGGCUUUUGUGUAGGUACAGUAUGCUGGAUGUAUAUUUCAGCUGCAGAGAUGA